AACACUUUGUUGCGAGACGCGAGUUGUGUUUGUGUUGACGCAUCUGUUUUGGUUUUGCUCGACUGCCGAGGGAAGGAUUUUCGCAUACUUUCCUUACCAGCCCAGAAAUAUACUAAGGUUCUGUCGGUAUGUCUCCAACCGUUAAACGUCAGAAGUUCGUGGAUGUCGGCCUAGGCGCCCUACUGGACGCAGGAGAGGGCGCCGCAAUCACGCUGGUGGCUGGAGAAACCCAACUGGUGGUGCACAGGGCCGUCCUGGUGGCAAGGAGUCCCGUGUUUGAGGCCAUGUUCCGCCACGAAACACUGGAGGCCAGAAGAGGCCGGGUGGUGAUCCCGGACGUCGAGGGCCGAGUGCUGCGUCAGCUGGUGGUGUACCUCUACACCCUCCAGGUCCCCCAGUCUGCCAGCACGGCCCCUGAGUUGCUCGCAGCUGCGGACAAGUAUGGCAUUUCAGGAUUGAAGGCAGCGUGCGAGCAGCAGGUGGCUGCACAGGUGACCGUGGACAACGCGGCGGCCACAGCCGUGCUCGCCUUGAGGCAUUCGUGCCCCAGCCUCACAGAGGUCGCCGUCACAUUCAUCAAGUCCUACAGGGACCAGGUGAUGGCCACUGAGGACUGGGUGAAAGCUGUGCACCAUCAUCCUGACGCUGUACUCGAGCUGAUUAACCUGCUUACAGAUGACAGGAUGACCGCGCUGCACUGGGCAGUGCUCAGUGGACACCUAGAGGCAGUAAGGUGCUUGCUAGCCAAUGGGGCAGAGGUGGAUGCCAAGGACGUCGAUCGGAGGACGCCUCUGCACUUGGCAGUACAAAGUGGAUACCUGGAGGCAGUGAGGUGUCUGCUGGACAGUGCGGCAAAUGCAGGCGCCAAGGACGAAAUACACGUGACGCCUCUGCACAUGGCAGCGUACGAUGGACGCUUGGAUAUAAUGAGGUGUCUGCUGGCCCAUGGGGCGAAGGUGGGCGCUAGGGAUCGCAACCAGCGGACACCUUUGCACUGGGCAGCACAAAAUGGAGACCUGGAGGCAGUGAAGUGUUUGCUGGACAGUGGGGCACAGGUGGGACCCAGGAACAGUUGGCAUCUCACACCGCUGCAUUUGGCUACAGAGAGGGGCCAUAUGGCAGUGGUGCAGCUGUUGGCGCAAUCUUCUGCCGACCUCAACGUUAAAUGUAUAGAAGGCAGAACGGCGCUGCACAAAGCAGUACUGCAGUGCCACACUGAUUUGGUGUUUGUGCUUGUAGAGGCGGGGGCAAAUGUGAAGGUGGCAGAUAAGAGGAAGUGUACUGCAUUGCACUAUGCUGCACUCGCAGGGAACCUGGAGAUGGUGAGAUGUCUCUUGGAGAGGGGGGCAAACGUCGGCGCGAAAAAUAAUCUGCGUAAUACGCCUCUGCACUUGGCGGCAGAGAGGAGCCAUUUGGCUGUAAUGCGGCUGUUGCUGGCAUUUUUUGCUAACCCUAACGCCAAAGGUCGGAUGGGGCGAACACCGCUGCACCAUGCCGUAUACCGUACCAAUAAAGAGAUGGCAGCUAUGCUGCUGGAGGCUGGUGCGAGUGAGGGGAUCAGUGACGACAAGGGGAGGACGCCCCUAGAAGCUGCCACACAGCGGAACUUCCGGCUGCAGGUGCUGCAGAUCCUGAAAUAAAUCUUACAGCCCAACAACGUUUGUGAACCUCUCUACUUCUCUUUUUUGUAUUUUUAAAUAGAACACGUCCAAAGAAAAUAAUAUUAUAGUCACUCGGUUUUGUAUUUAUUCAUUAGUCACUCUUUUGUAUUUAUUCAUACUUAGCUGAUAUAAUUAGUCUAAAAACACUAUAGUCAAAGAAGCAAGAACCUAGAUUCUAAUAUAAGCCUCAAGGGGCACCUUCUUUAGUAGUAUUCUGAAACUAUUUCUACCACAAAUUUUUCAGUAGUACAUGUGAAUUAACCAAUACUAUAACACUCACCUUGUUGCUAAUAAACAUCGUUUCCCUAUAAUAUGUGAUUGCUGAAAAACAGUUUGUACCAGCUUAUUUCGUGCUGUGCGGAACUUACGUUGCACCUUACCCUCUUCUUUCUCAUGUUCAUUCUGUGGUAGAAACCUACCUUUAGCUUGAUUCCAGACUGGAUUAAUGGCAGAAAGUGUCUCAUAAUAUGUCAUCAUACACUCUGUUUACUUCAAAUCCAGUAACAUUGUAAGUAAAAAGGUAGGUAGUGUGUAAUGCAUAUUGGCAACCAGACUCAAUUCUAGGAGUGCAAAAUGCCAGAGUAGCAAAUGGAAAGGCCCGGCUAUACGUGGGGCUAUCAACCACCAGUAAUAUUAAUUUGCUCACAAACGACUGUCUGUAUGCGCCCCAUCAUAACUGUGAAAAAGACAUUCAGCCAUCAUCUUUCUUCCUCUUUUGCCACAUGUUCUUUCUGAUGCUGAUGAGUGCCAGCGGUUCAGCUAGGCGUCAUACCAGCAGAGCUUCCACAAAUGGUAUGCACGAACUUGACAGGUGUUGCUCCAAAUAGCUUUCCUUGUUUGGCCAUAUGUCUCCUGUACUAUCGCCGGAUGAGCUGUACAAUUGGUAAUUGAGUAUUAGGAACUUGAUUAGGUAUUCAGAUCACUUUCUUGAACACUUCAUCUGAAAUAUUUGAAUCUACACAACAAAAUACACAAAGGGGAAGGGAGCUUGUAGAAUUCAGAAAAUGUUUCUACUCAUGUGAUAAACUUAUUGACUACCAAAAUUAAUAUUAGAAGUUUUUCACUGACACUCAAAAUCUUCAAAUGGGAUUACUGCAGACAAACCAGUCAGCAUUAUCUCACAGCAGAGCAACCUAAAUUAUGAAAUUUAGCUCCACAAUUGUGAGAUAGCGAAACCAUGACCAAAUUAGAAUGAAACAUGAACUCAAAAUGCUUUUUUAAAUUAAAAAAAAGCAUAACACACGUGAAAUAUCAAACAGAUUUCACUAAAUUACAAUUUGAAUCUGAUGCACAUAUGACAGAAUAUUACGCUUGUGACACUAGUGAAGAUGGGAAGAAGAAAGGCAGUAAAAUAUUCCCAACUUUUGCUUGCAGAUGAAGUAAAUAUUUGUAAUGAAUGUUGUAGUGUGUGAUAAGUCAGUGAUUGCUAAGCUGAUUAAAUGAAUUGAGGAUUUUGUCAAUGGGUGUUUUACAGUUUCAUCCAUUGUUUAAGCUUAAUAAUACUACUGCAAUCGUGAAGAACAGAAGCUGUUCCACAACACUAACCCACACCCUAGACAUUAUGUAUCUAAAAUGUUAGUAAUGUGACACAUUUAUUAUGUAUACUAAUGUUCUUUCUGACAUGACAUAAAACGUUAAGUCUGAAUAUAAGUUUCAAGUUAUCAAAAAUGUUUUCAGUAUAAGUAGCCCAGACAUAUGUGCAGUGAACAGUUGGUAUGCUGUAAGAAAGGACCAUUGAUUGUUCACAAAUCCUUCAGCUAAGUAUGACUCGUGUAAAAAUUUGAAGACUGUACGUCUUUACAGCUUUGUAUGUCAGACAUUUGUGCUCUGCAAAACACUAUACAAAGCAAUUCAAAAUUAGCAUAGUGAUUACAAGUGGCUAUAAUUAUUUAAUACUUAGUCACAUAAUUAAGACUUAAAGAGAUUGUAAAAUAAAGUUCAAUUUUUUUUCAUA